GCCGCCGCCGCCACCGACGCCGCAGCAGCAGCCGAACAGCACAAGUGCACAACACACCGACGAAGUACGCGUUCUCAUCAAGUGUCCCAGACAUCUUGUAUUCCGAUUGGCCACUCCGACCUAUGUUCAUAUAGAGAACAAUGGACCAUCCGCCUGCACCGCCGUUCGACCCUGCGCUACUCGACAUGGAGAAUAUGACUGCCGAUAAGUGGUAUGGGCUUAUAUACAACAGGAUAGUGCAACAGGAAGAUAUUUUUGUUGGCGAUAUCAAAAAGAAAGUAAUUGAAAUAAUAAACAUGUGCAUGAACAAGCCUAAUAGCACAUUAGAAAGUGUACGACAAGAUAUUACAAGCACAAUCACUGAAUCUCGAUUUGAAUUUGAACACCAAAAUUUUAUUGAAGGUAUAGUUGGAGGUGCUUAUGAAUACCUUUGCCAGUUUAUUAUUAAAAAUUCAAUGGAAAAUAUUAAAAGAACUCAAAGUGCUUUGAAUUGUUUUUCAUUAUCACAUAAUUUAAAUUAUGGUGCAAUCAAAACAUGUAAUGAUAAUAUUUUGAUACCAGGAUCUUCUAAAUUGACUCAAAUCCAAUGUUUAUCAGUAUCAAAUAAUAACACAACUGAUUCAGAUAAAGCAAUUCAAUCAUAUCUAUUGAGUAAUAAUUCUGAAAAUGAUUCAAAUUCGAUGUUAAUGGUUGAGAGAGAAAAUAUUAAAAAUACCACUAUCAAUAAAAUGGAAACCACAUCAUUUCUUAACUACAGAUCAACAUUACAAAUAGACAACUUGUCGGUAGAACCUGCAAAUGAUAUACCAGUGUUUAGUAACAUGCACAAUAAUGAUGAUGUGGAUUCUGCUCAUUCAUCAGCAAUGAUCGACGAUGAUGAAAAAACUACAGAAGCUAUAUUAUCUAUAGCUUCGAAAAUAGAACAAACAAAUUUUAAUUUUGUUGAUGAUUUUGAAGCUGAUGAAGAUAUUAAUACUAGCAAUGCGUAUACCACUAAUGAAAUUCAAACAACUAAGUGUUUGAUAGAACAAAAUGGAGACGAACAUACUGAUCCAUCUAAGCUGGAAGAAGAAUUGAAAAUUAAUAAUAGUUUAAAACUUUUAGAAACCUUGGUUAAUAUUGAACACGAUAAAUUGGAAGUUCAAAAAAGUUUAACAGUAAAUGAAAUACAACCAAACAAUGAUCCAAAUGAAAAAAUGCAAUUCAAAAGUUCUAAAAAGACAAAUAUCAGGGAGAAGAAAAGUCCAAAAUUACACGGAAGUAUACCUAAAGUGGAAACAGAAGAAGAAGAAGAAGAAGAAGAAGAAGAAGAAAAAUGGUUGCCAAGUUGCAGUUACCAAAAUCGUUCUAAAAAUAAAACUAAAACCACGAAAAAUAAAACCCGUGUGUAUAAACCUGUAGAGAAAGUGAGUAAAAAAAUACCAUUUGAAGAAAAUUUUCUGAACACUACAUCUCCACAUUAUAAACUUAAAGAAGAGGAAAAAAUUAAAUUGGCUAAUAUUGGCGCUUUAAUUUCUGUUUUUGGGGUAUUAAAAACUAAAAAAAAUAUUAACCCAGCGGAUGCCAUCAAUUCUAUUAUUCGUAAACCAGCUGUAUUUGAACCAUUUCCAGAAAUAACGGAAUAUAUGGCACGUGACGAAGUAAAAAAUUUUAUUGUGAAUUUUUGUAAAAAAAAUUUUCCCACAAAAACUUCUCAUGUUGCUUCUACCAGCAACUCUAAUGAAAAAGAUGUUGACAAUAUAAAAAAUAAAUCAUCCCCUCCAUUGAGUUCAGUAAUGAAAACUUCGGACUAUAAAAAACUAUAUGAAAAAGACCGUAAAAGUUUAUUCAGUCCUGAUGUUAUUAUUACUAAUAACGUAUCAUCAAAACGUUCUAAAGAUACUACUAAUGAACUACACAUGAAAAAAGAAUAUCCGGAUAAGAAGGCAAAAUCUAAAGUACAAAAGGGUGAAAUUGACAAUAAAUCUUCCGGUAGAAAGAGAAAGUUACUUGAGCCUAAAUUAAAAAUUGCUAGUAGUAGUCCUAAAAAGACACAGGAUGCAAAAUCCAAGCCUAAUAGUAAACAGAAAUCGUCAUAUGUAAAGAGGUCCAGUAAAAAUUCUAAAAAACUCAAAAUCAUUGAGUCUGAUGAUGAAGCCGAGACUAAUGCAGAUAGUAAUCCAAAUUAUGAGUCCAAUUCUACAUAUUUAUUAGAAAACAAAGUUUCCGAUAGUAUUGACACUUUGGAACUUGAAAAGUUGGAUAGAACCAACAUUUUGAAAAAUAACGAAUUUGGAGAAGGUACUUCCAAACAAUUCUUGAAUGAAGUGAAUAUUUUUGAAAAUAAAAAGUCUAAUAAAAAUACUUUGGAAAAAGAGGCUAUGCCUGAAUGGCUACUGCAGAAAUGUGAGCUCUAUGAUAUAAAACAAUCAUACGUGGUUAUUAAUCCAUUCAUAACAUAUUAAAUUUCAUAUUAUUUUACAUUGGUGCGGACAGAAUAUUUUAAUAGGGAAUUUAUAGACAUUAAAAUAUGAAUUUUAAUUUUUUUAUAAUUAUUGCUACAAUAUAUAUAUAUUUAUUAAUAAUAUUUGUGGAAAAUAAAUACAUGAAUAAAAAAACCUAUUAAAAAAUAUUUUGCAUUGUACCAUGCCCCUGUAUAUUUGCAUAUGUUCAAAAAUGAUUGACAAAAAAAAAUCUUUAAAUUACAUCUUACAUUAGUAGUUAUUUAAGAUAAUACUUGUUUGUUAUUGCUUCACCACCGAGUCCUAUAAAAUGUAUAACCG